AUGGAAGAUACACCAAAUCCUAGCCCUAUACCAAUGUCACUUUCUUCAGUAUUAUCACGAAAAAGAAAAUCAACUCCAAGAUCUCGAUCUCGAUCUCAAUCUUGUGAUAGGGAUGACAGUUACAGUACCAAUUUGACUCGAUCUCAAUCUUAUGAAAGUGACAAUAGUUACAGAUGUGAUGUUUCAAAAUGGGAUAAUGGUAUAUUAAAAUCUUAUGGGAUCUUUUAUGAUGAAAAAGCGACAGAAUUGAGAGGUGAUGCUUGGCAGAAAGUAGAAAUGAGGCUUAAUAAUGUAGACACAACUAGUGUUCCAGAUAUCAAAUACACCGUGCUCGGAGAACCUUCACGUUUUUGUACAGGUUCAUCUCUGAUGACAGGGACUGUUGGAGAGGUGAAUGUGAACAUGGAAAAUGCCAUUGAUUUUAGUAUCAGAGAUGAGAAGUUUCGAAGCCAACCUGUCGAGAAUUUGUUAGGACGGCAUGAAGGAGAACUUUUAGUGGAAAUCAUGAAUUCUGCAAUACCUAAUACAUCUUUUGGAAUUAUUUUUGUAAAGACCACGCUCCACUGA